GGUGGGAUCUCCCUGCCAGUCACAGCUUGUGCCCGCCUCCCGCUUGGGCCCGCCCCGUCCCCGCCCGCUCACGGUGUCCCGCCGAACAUGCCGCUGGAUCACCGCCGCCUGCGCGGCCCGGAGGAGUCGCAGCCGCCGGCGCUGUGGGCAGCGACCGCGGCCGAGGAUGAAGAGGACGGGGAAGGCGCGGGAGCGGCGCCGCGGGAUCCCUGCGCCCUGCGGCCGCUGUUCGCGCGGGCCGGACUGCUGAGCCAGGCGCAGGGCUCGGCCUACGUGGAGCUGGGCAGCGGCACCAAGGUGCUCUGCGCCGCCUGGGGCCCGCGGGAGGCGGCCGAGCCCGGCCCGGGCCGGCUGCUCUGCGAGUUCCGCCGGGCGCCCUUCGCGGGGCGCGGGGCGCGGGGCCGGCCGGGCGCGGCGGCGGAGCGGGAGGCGGAGCGGGAGGCGGCGGCGGCGCUGCGGGAGGCGCUGGAGCCGGCGGUGCGGCUGGGCCGCUACCCGCGGGCCCGCCUGGCCGUCAGCGCGCUGCUGCUGCAGGACGGGGGCUCGGCGCUGGCCGCCGCCGUCAGCGCCGCCGCCCUGGCGCUGGCGGACGCGGGCGUGGAGAUGUACGACCUGGCCGUGGGCUGCGCGCUGUGCCGGCCGCCCGCGCCCGCCGCCUCAUGGAUGCUGCAGCCCGCCGAGCCCGAGGAGCGCCGCGCCGCCGCCCGCCUCACGCUGGCCCUGCUGCCCGCCCUCAACCAGGUGUCGGCCGUGCUGGGCGGCGGCCGGGGCGGCCCGCCCGAGGACUGGGCGCAAGCCCUGCGGCUCGGCCUCGAUGGCUGCCACCGGCAGUACCCGGUGCUGCGGCAGAGCCUGCUGCGGGCCGCCCAGCGCCGCGAUGCCGCCGCCGCUGCCACCGCCGCCACCAGUGCCUGAGUGCCCCUGAGACCUGCGUCCCUCAGUCUGAAGAUGGGGCAUCUCCCAGAGCCCGCCCAAGCUGCCUUCAGUGCUGCCGGAGACCCCUGGAGCCUGCCUGAUCUACACCUCACUGCUGGGGACUAAAAUAAGCUUACUUUUAGAAUAUUAGAAGUUUUUUACGUUUAAGCUUAAGUUUAAUUGUAACUGCUGGACAACCCCCAGGCCCAGCCUGAUCCAUGUGUCAUGCUGCUGGAGACUGGAUGAGCCAACCUUUGCACUGCUGGAGACCCAAGAACUGUGCUCAAGGACACUGGAAUCUACACACCCCC